ACCUGAUCCUGCAGCCUUCGUGAACCAGCCAGAACUUUUGUACUUGCAUAUCGAUCUACCGCGUUCAAAUAGCAAAGAUGUCUGAAUCUGACGAGCUGCACACGGUGAACAAUAAAACGGUUUCUUUGAACACCCUGUUAUUCAUCAACGGAAAGUUUGUUCACGGGAGGGGAGAGAAGCUUUCGACUAUUAACCCUGCUACUGAGGAACACAUAGUUUCGGUCGAUACGGCUACGGCUGAUGAUGUUCAAGACGCUGUUAAGAGCGCACGAGAAUGUUUCGAAAGCACUUGGGGUACUAACGUCACAGGGGCUGAGCGUGGUAGAUUGCUUCAUAAGCUGGCUGAUGAGAUAGAAUCAAUCAAAGACGAGCUGGCUUUGAUUGAAUCUCUCAAUGCUGGAAAACCCAUUGAAUGGUGCAAGUUCGAUAUUGAUGAUUCGAUCGGCUGCCUACGUUAUUACGCUGGUGCCGCUGAUAAGAUUCAUGGAGCGUCAAUAGAAGUCGACGAUCCGAGCAAGUACGCAGUGACUCGUAAGGAACCAAUCGGAGUCUGUGCACAGAUAGUGCCAUGGAAUUAUCCAAUUAUGAUGAUGGCAUGGAAAAUUGCACCGGCCCUUGCUUCAGGCUGUACAAUUGUCUUCAAGCCAUCUGAGGUAACCCCAUUAUCAGCAUUGAAGAUAGCAUCUCUCUUCCCCAAAGCCGGUUACCCCGCUGGUGUAUUCAACUUGGUCAACGGCACAGGUCCUUUGACCGGAACUUAUCUAUCUUCACAUCCUGAUAUUGACAAGAUAGCUUUUACUGGAUCAACUGCUGUUGGUAGACAAAUCGGUCAAAAGAGCUUAGAGAGCAAUUUGAAAAAAGUGUCGUUAGAACUGGGUGGGAAAUCGCCUAAUAUUAUCUUUGAAAAAGCUGAUCUCGAGGAAGCUGCCAAGUGGGCUGCCUUUGGAGUCUUCGAGAAUGCGGGUCAGACAUGCACCGCAGGAAGCCGGAUCUUGGUUCAAGAUUCAAUCUAUGACAAAUUUCUUGAAUUAUUUGUUAAAGCUACUGAAGCUUAUCACGUUGGAGAUCCCCUCAACUCGAAGACUUUCCAAGGACCUCAAGUUAGCAAGAAACAAUUUGACCGUAUAAUGGAAUACAUCAGCAUUGGUAAGCAAGAAGGUGCACGGGUGGCGACUGGGGGUGAAAGGCAUGGAUCCCUUGGGUAUUUCAUCCAACCUACAGUUUUUAUUGACGUGAAACCGUCAAUGCGAAUUGCAAAGGAGGAAAUUUUUGGUCCAGUUGCAGCUGUACUUCGGUUUAAAACGGAAGAGGAGGCCGUAGAGCUUGCUAACUCCACAGAAUACGGCCUCGCAUCUGGGAUCCAUUCCUCUGAUAUUCAACAAGUUCACCGUAUUUCUCGAAAGCUUAAGGCAGGAACUGUAUGGGUCAACCAAUACGUAAUGCUGAAUAGCCAAGUUCCCUUUGGAGGUUAUAAGCAAUCUGGAUGGGGGCGUGAGUUGGGUAUGGAUGGGCUUGAAAACUAUCUCACUACCAAAGCUGUACAUUAUUACUACGGCGAUAAACUUGAAUGGCCUGUUGCCACGUAAAUGGAGAAAAAGAUUGUCAAAGUCACUGUAAGAUAAUGGGUUUUGGGUUCAUAUUUAGAUGAAAACCAUAGUAUACCUUUUGUUUCAAUGGUAAGACCCACUUGGGCUUUCACUUCAAAGUGUAUGUCAUGAAGUCCUUCUUUUGUAUUGUUUUCUAUGGAUGAGGAUAAUUCCCUAAAGCUGAAAGGCGUGGAUUGCAAGCUUGAAGCG